GCCCCAUGCACAGUUUGGUUCUAGAUUUGACACAACGGGCUCGUGUCGGCCACAGCACCUUGUCUCCUAGGCUAACUCUGUUUCUACGUUUUCGGUAUCACUUGCAACGGCGCUCGAGAUUACACAUAGUGGAGUUCGAGGGAGAGAAGGCGGGAUCAUGGAGUUUAUACCAUGGUGGUAUCCGUCUAUAUAACGCAGGUCCUCUCCCCAUGGGCAACCUCUCAUUCUUCCCAAUCCCCACAAACCCGUGCAACAUCUCGCUGUCCAGAUUGCCACCUUCUUCUCUUUCAUGUCAACGUCCUCCUCCUCUCUAUCUUUGGAGAAACAGCCAGCGACAAUGGGCAACAUCACCCACCAAGAACACCUCAAUGUCCCUCAGGAGCAGAGACGACGAACCUCUGUUCAAGACGUCCCUGCUUUUGCUGAGCAUGGCCCUCUUGUCGACCACAAGAUUCCUCAAGCGGAUGCGGUGCAACAAGAACCAGAUCUAGCUUGGAGUCGAAUCCGACAUUUCCUUCGAGAACCCCUGUCGGAAUUCUUUGGCGUUUUCAUCCUCAUCCUCUUCGGUGAUGGUGUCGUCGCUCAGGUAGUCCUCAGUGGAGGCACAAAGGGUGACUACCAAUCAAUUUCCUGGGGCUGGGGUCUUGGUGUCAUGCUGGGAGUUUACACCUCUGGCAUCUCAGGGGCGCAUUUAAAUCCGGCAGUAACAUUAUCGAAUUGCAUUUAUAGGAAGUUUCCCUGGAGAAAAUUUCCUAUCUACAUGCUUGCGCAGACCCUUGGCGCUAUGGUGGCGUCUGCGAUUGUCUAUGCCAACUACAAGUCCGCAAUCGAUGUUUUCGAAGGAGGUGCCGGCAUCCGUACUGUCGGUGGCGAGACCUCGACCGCGGGCAUCUUUUGCACCUAUCCGGCACCGUUCAUGACAAAGACCGGCCAGUUUUUCUCGGAAUUCAUUGCCAGCGCUAUCCUGAUGUUCUUGAUCUACGCCUUGAAGGACGACGGAAACAUCGGUGCAGGAAAUCUGACGCCUCUGGCUCUCUUCUUCGUUAUCUUUGGUAUUGGUGCUUGCUUCGGCUGGGAAACUGGCUAUGCCAUCAACCUUGCUCGAGACUUCGGUCCUCGUCUGGUCAGCUAUAUGAUCGGUUAUGGCCACGAGGUGUGGAGCGCUGGCGGCUACUACUUCUGGGUCCCAAUGGUUGCCCCUUUCUGCGGAUGCGCAUUUGGUGGCUGGCUCUAUGAUAUGUUCCUCUUUACUGGCGAGAGCCCGAUCAAUACUCCUUAUAUGGGCUUGAAACGUUUUGUGCAGCCGAAGCGAUCGGUCUGGUCGAACACCUACACUGCCAACACCGAGAGCCAGGUGUGAUUCAGCACAUGGUUGUUAUUUUGGGUGCUCCAAGAGAAAGACUCUAUACCGGGACGGCUACAUUUGUACGGGUUUGGGGAGAGCCGUAAGCGCAGGCGUUGACCAUUUCUGUACAUAUUUAUCGAGGACAAUGAUGGCAGACCAAUCAAUUAUGUUGAAGAAA